CUGGCUCCAGGAACUCAUCAUGGCCCGCUUUAGAGCAGUUGCUCUGAGCACGAGGGCUCUCGGCCUCGCGUCUCUCCGGUCACAAGCAGCCGUUGCCCGCCUGCGAACUCCCGCGAUAGCUGCCUCCCAGCUGCGUCUAUACACGGCCUCCGCUCCCCGAAGACAACAGGUGGAAGCUUUUCAGUCGCAACUCGGCGGCUCUCCCAAUGCCUCCUCCUUCUACCAGGCCACCGCACCGGCCAACCCGCAAAACCUCACCGAGAAGAUCUUCCAGCGAUAUGCCAUUGGCCUCCCCCCUGGGAAGACGGUCAAGGCCGGCGACUUCAUCUCAAUUAUGCCGCACCGCUGUAUGACACACGACAACAGCUAUCCUGUGGCCACCAAGGCCAUGAACCUCGGCCUCAAGAAGAUCUACAAUAGCGGCCAGAUCGUCAUGGCUCUCGACCACGAUGUCUCGAACCAGUCCGAGUCCAACCUGCGCAAAUACAGGCUGAUCGAGGAGUUUGCCCGCAAGCACGGAACAUACUUCUACCCAGCCGGCCACGGAAUCGCCCACCAGAUCAUGAUCGACGAAGGCCACGCUUGGCCAGGGACGCUUUGUGUCGCCAGUGAUUCGCAUUCGACCAUCUACGGCGGUAUUGGAUGCCUCGGUACACCCGUGGUAAGAUCAGACGCAGCCGGCAUCUGGAGCGUUGGAAGCACCUGGCUUCAGCAGCCACCUGUUGCCAAGAUUACCUUCACGGGCCUCCUUCCCGUUGGCGUUACCGGCAAGGACGUGAUUCUGAGUCUCUGCUCCUUGUUCAACAACGACGAGGUCCUCAACCACUGCGUGGAGUUUGCCGGAUCAGAACAGACCUUGGCCAGCAUCCCCAUCGAUGACCGCCUCACCAUCAGCAACAUGACCACAGAAUGGGGCGCCUUGAGUGGAUUGUUCCCCGUCGAUGACGCGCUCAUCUCCUGGUAUCGCGGCAAGGCCUCCGCCGCAGCUGUGACCGACAGCCCUGCCAAGGAGCGCAUCAACCACGAGCGAAUCGACGAACUAUCAGAGAACCGACUCGCCGCUGACCCAGGCGCUACCUAUGCCAAGGAAUUCUACCUCAACUUGUCCACAUUAUCACCAUUCGUCACUGGGCCCAACACUGUCAAGGUUGCCAACCCUUUGAGUAAGCUGGAGCCUCAAAACAUCAAGAUCGACAAGGCCUAUCUGGUAUCUUGCACCAAUUCUCGAGCCAGCGACAUCGCUGCGGCGGCUCGUGUCUUCCGGGAGGCUUCCAAGGACGGCAAGCCUGCGAAGGUUGCCGACGGUGUUCGUUUCUAUCUUGCUGCGGCCUCCCUCGCCGAGCAGCGCAUCGCCGAAGAGGCCGGCGAUUGGAAGGUCCUGCUUGAUGCCGGCGCAAUCGAGCUGCCAGCAUCAUGCGGUCCUUGUAUCGGCCUGGGGACGGGCCUACUCGAGGAUGGUGAGACGGGCAUCUCAGCGUCGAACCGUAACUACCCCGGCCGAAUGGGAUCCCGGAGCAGCAAGGCAUACCUUGCCAGCCCCGAGAUUGUUGCCGCCAGUGCUAUCAAGGGCGCGAUAGCUGGUCCUGGCUGGUACCAAAAGCCGGAGGGCGUCGAAAAGGUCAUUAUCGGUGAGGGAAGCGGUGACUACGCGGCUGAUAAGGCUCGCUCAAUCGAGUCUGCUUUUGACAAGAUCAUCAAUGAGGUGGAUAGCAUGAUUGCGUCUGCCGAGGGUGGUCAAGCGGAGUCGACUACAACUGCUGCCAAAGACGAGGCAUUGGCCGACAUUCUCCCCGGCUUUCCCGAGAAGAUUGAGGGAGAAAUCGUUUUCUUGGAUAACGACAACAUCAACACCGACGGAAUCUACCCUGGCAAGUAUACUUAUCAGGACAAUCUCCCCAAGGAAAAGAUGGCCGAGGUGUGCAUGGAGAACUAUGACCCUGAAUUCGGCAAACUCACCAAGCCGGGUGAUAUUUUGGUGACGGGGUUCAACUUUGGUUGCGGAAGUUCUCGUGAGCAAGCCGCCACCUCCAUUCUGGCGAGAGACAUUCCCCUCGUCAUCGCCGGAAGUCUUGGCAACAUCUUCAGCCGCAACAGCAUCAACAACGCACUGGUCUCCCUCGAAAUCCCUCGCUUGGUGGAGCGCCUCCGCGAGGCGUUCAAGGAGGACGGAGACAAGAAGCCUCUGACUCGCCGCACCGGCUGGAAGAUCCUGUGGGAUGUCAGGCGCUCCAAGGUCGUGAUUACGGAGAAGGACGGCAGCGUCUGGGAGCAAAAGGUCAGCGAGCUGCCUCCUAGCGUGCAGGAGAUUAUCGCCGUCAAGGGUCUCGAGAACUGGGUCAAGUCCAAGCUUCAGGCUUUGGAAUCCGAAUCAUGAU